AUGAUUUCCUUCUUAAACUUGUGAAAAUUUAAGCCUGGAGUUUUAACCAUGGAAAAACCGGAGCUCGAAAUGGACAAAAUCUGUCGACUAUGCCUGCAGAACCUUCAGAUCGGUGCAUUGGUGAAUUUGUUCGCAGUCAACUUCUCUAUUCGUCCCUCCGAUAUGAUUGUCCGUUGUGCAUCGGUACAGAUCUACGAAAAGGAUGGUCUUCCGGGUGCAAUCUGUAACGAUUGCUUCUACAAGCUGGGUAUGGCAUACGAGUUCCGUAAUCGAUGCGAAGCAUCCGAUCAAAAACUGCGAGCUUUGGUUCAUGGUUCUGUUAAUGGUACCGAUCAGUCACCGGUGGUGGAAACGGAUGAUAUUUACGAAGCAAUGAAUGCAAUAUUCGGACCAGAAAGUACAGAGGAAGCAAAACAGGGCAUCUUUGAUGUCUCAGUAACUGAGAAUGAUCGUCAAGAAAAUAAAAGCAAAACCAAAAAUGUGAAGAAAAUGCACCCGGUAAAGAAAAGAGCACAGCUGGAUGAACUUUUAGCAAAGCAUAAAGCAAAAGUAAAGGUUGAGGGAAAGAAGAUCAACAUCUUUAAAACGAAACGAAAGGUCAACUCGAAAGCAUCCAAAAAAGGGACACAACUUAAAGAGCCGGAAUGCUGCACCACAUGUGGCAAGAGUUUUAAUUAUAGCGGAUAUCUGAAAGCACACCAAAGGAUUCACUCGGGCGAAAAGCCCUUCCAGUGCGAGAUUUGUCACCGUAAGUUUACCCAAUCCAGUAAUCUUCAUUUGCAUCUUAAAAUCCAUAGUGACGAACGAAGAUUUCAGUGCGAAAUCUGCAGCAAACUCUUCCGAACGUCCAGUAAUCUACAUUCCCAUCGGAAAAUACAUUCGAAAAAACGCGAUUUUUCUUGUACCACCUGUGAACGAAGCUUUAGAACGCCGAAGGAUUUGAGGAACCACAUCAUCACCCACAGUGCAGUGAAACAUUAUGUCUGUCGGUUAUGUCCCGACAAAUCAUUUCACAGGCAGUCAUAUCUAAAUAGCCAUGUGAAAACGGUUCACAUUGGAGUCAAGCGACAUCGGUGCCAGGACUGUGGUAAAAUAUUCUCAAACAGUUCCAAUUUGAUAGCUCACCGAAGGGUCCAUAGUGGAGAUCGACCCUUCGCAUGUGAGGUGUGCGACGCCAAAUUUACGCAAUCUCCUACAUUGCAAAGGCACAUCAAAGCGAAACAUAGGCCUAAACCAGUAGAGCCUCCUGUUCCACCAGAGAGUAUUCCGGACACAUUCGAACCUGCUAUCGAUAUUGAUGAAAAUCGGUCCCUGGAAAGCGCUGCGAGCUCAGAGUUAUCCGUAGCAACUUCUCUAAUUGAUGAGAACCCCAUUGCUUACAGUGUGCCAUACAUGACAAAUUACUUACCAACUCACCAUCAGCAACCGCCGCCGCCGCCACCACAAAUGCUUUCAAACCACCAUUCGGCCACCGCUAGCGUACCAAUUCAGAUGUCGGCCCCAAUUGGUGGCAAUAUGUAUUCGGGAGAACCGUACCACCAUCAGUUUGCCACCGGUUCAAACGCUACUUCCCUUCCUACGCACCACUACCAGCAUCAUCAGCAGCACAUGGACAUGGGCAGCUACGACAUGUGCUAUUCUAUGCCCACUCAUUCGGUACUGAACACAAGCCUAAUCAAUCCGCAACCGACCUAUAUUUUUGAUCAGUGAAUAAAAGCGCUAGUAAAGUUUAACGAGUUUAAAUUACAAGUCAGUCAAA